GAAACCAAAAAGACCUAUUGGGAAGGAGUCAUUGAGGCAGCGUGAAACAAAUGCGACUUAUGUAUUUAACCCCAUGGAGGUCGAAAUAGAAGAAGAAGAGAUGGAGGGUGACCCAGGGCCUGAGAUGUAUGCUCCUACUUCUAAGCCGGGACCACCAACUAGUGACCCCAUCAAGGCAUGCACAUGCCAAUUUCAUGUGCCACAUCACACUAGGUUGCACCCACUACUUCUCAUGCUCAGUGGACUAUUAUUAUGGAUGCAUUAG